ACUGCUCAGUUGUUCAGUCAGACAGUUGUGUUUUGUGAGUGUGUUACUGUUAAUAGUGUUAUUGCGUUUACCGGUAGGAGGUCUCCAUUAGUGGGACCUCACUUUAUUUGCAUUUUUAUUUAACUUCUUGUUAUCAAUUGGCAUUUAUUGUUACUUAAAUUGUAAUAAAAUCUGCGAUAUUUGGACAGUGAAUUAUUGUACUGAGCCAGUGUUGGGUGGCGAGAUGGCUAAAGCAACAAGCAAGGAGCACCCGGAGGAGGACCUGUUCUUCCCGCCGGGGGCGCCGCCGCCUUACAUCACCUCCCAGCACCAGCAGGGCUCCAGCGUCAACAACUCUGACACGGUGAUCUCGUUCCCGGAGGUGGUGGUGAACAACCCCCCGGGCCACGAGGCGCCGGGCCCCGACUCGCUGGUGCGCAACUUCGACUUCACCGACAAGCAGAUCCGCCGGGGCUUCAUCAGGAAGGUGUACUGCAUCAUCAUGGCGCAGCUGGCGGUGACGGCCGGGGUGGUGGCGUGGUUCAUCUACGACGAGCGUCUGAUGAGCGUGGUCGGGCAGAACCCGGGCGUCUUCUUCGGCGUGUCGCUGGGCACGUACCUGACGACGGCGCUGUGCCUCAUGUGCUGUGAGGGCCCGCGGAGACGCGUACCCUACAACUACCUGUUCCUGUUGCUGCUCACCCUGUCGCUGUCCGCCAUCGUGGGCGUCAUGUGCUCGCUGUACGACGUGCGGGAGGUGAGCUGACUCCUGUCUGCUGCUCGGGGCCGUGCCCUACAACUACCUGUUCCUGUUGCUGCUCACCCUGUCGCUGUCCGCCAUCGUGGGCGUCAUGUGCUCGCUGUACGACGUGCGGGAGGUGAGCUGACUCCUGUCUGCUGCUCGGGGCCGUGCCCUACAACUACCUGUUCCUGUUGCUGCUCACCCUGUCGCUGUCCGCCAUCGUGGGCGUCAUGUGCUCGCUGUACGACGUGCGGGAGGUGAGCUGACUCCUGUCUGCUGCUCGGGGCCGUGCCCUACAACUACCUGUUCCUGUUGCUGCUCACCCUGUCGCUGUCCGCCAUCGUGGGCGUCAUGUGCUCGCUGUACGACGUGCGGGAGGUGAGCUGACUCCUGUCUGCUGCUCGGGGCCGUGCCCUACAACUACCUGUUCCUGUUGCUGCUCACCCUGUCGCUGUCCGCCAUCGUGGGCGUCAUGUGCUCGCUGUACGACGUGCGGGAGGUGAGCUGACUCCUGUCUGCUGCUCGGGGCCGUGCCCUACAACUACCUGUUCCUGUUGCUGCUCACCCUGUCGCUGUCCGCCAUCGUGGGCGUCAUGUGCUCGCUGUACGACGUGCGGGAGGUGAGCUGACUCCUGUCUGCUGCUCGGGGCCGUGCCCUACAACUACCUG